UGAACGAGAAAUGGAAACCAUAUCUUCUGUUCUACUCACUGGUUAUGAGGAGUUAUUUAAAAUCUGGAUUGGAUUGUACAAAAUGGUGGGCGGGAAGAAGCGAUUCAAAUGGGUAGACGCAUCGGUGGUGGAAUACACUCCUUGGGGACUCUUUGAACCUUCCCACAAGAACGGGAAUUGUGCCCAGAUAUAUGGCAAUGACUAUAACUAUUGGAGUCUCCAGAUUUGUACCACCAGACAGCCCUAUCUGUGCAAGAUGGCUCUUUACUGAAUACAUCUGGAAGCACCUUGAAGGUUGUAAGCCAGAAUCUCCCUGGCUACAACAACAUUCAGCCUGCUGACUCACAGAACAAGCCUUUGCAUCAGGCUUUCUUUUCCAUGUGGUGUCACUAAUCA